AUGACGUACCUCUUCCUUGUUCUCUGUGCGCUACUAGUGCAGUUUACAGGAGCGUCAGGACAAGACACGUCCGUGAACGAGGACGUUGACCCCCCUGCUGUAUUGUGGUACGCUCCUUUUCUCAGUGGUGGUGGUUACUGCAGUGAAGCGCAUUCGUACGUUGUAGCGGUGGACGCUGCAUUGGAGUCUGCUGCUAUUUCUUGUGAUUCUGGCCAAGUUUCUGCUGGAAAGUUCAAGGAACGGGAAGAUGGAUACGAUCAGGGGACGGCGAGAAGUGUGGAGCAGCCUUUUGAGCUGCUAAUUACGCAGCACGGAGACUCUUUGAACCCAGCGUUCAUUCGGGACCUGCCUCUGGACAUGCAGACAAGGCUAGAGCAGCAUUGGAUUGAAGAAAGGGACUUUUACUGGCGCCUGCACCACCGCGACAUUGCGCUGGUCAUUUGCCACUCGGAGCCAGGGGCGUGGGACCCGGCUCACUACACGACAUCUCGGUGUCCGCCCGAAGGGACCCUUUACAAGGUCGGACGGACCAUGUUCGAGACGGAUCGCGUGCCCAGUGGAUGGUCCGACAGGAUGAACAAGAUGGACGAGAUCUGGGUGCCGACUAGAUUCCAGGAACAGGUGUUUGUUGAUGGAGGAGUGAGACCGGACGCGAUCAAAGUGGUGCCGGAAGUUGUGGAUAUUGACUUCUUUGACCCCGAGAAGGUUGAGAAAGCGUAUGAUCUAGCGGGCAAACUGGCGACGAACAUCACGGACAAGACGACGGUGUAUCUGUCAGUUUUCAAGUGGGAGGAACGAAAGGCGUGGAAGAUUUUGCUUACGGCGUAUUUCCAGGCGUUCUCGGCGAGCGAUGAUGUCGUUUUGGUGCUGCUUACGAACAGAUAUCACUCAACCUCAUCGUCAGCCGAAGACUUUGUGAAGAUCAUUGAUACGUUCACAUCAGAGACAAUCGACAAGCCGGUAGAUGAGUUGCCGAACGUUCACGUGCUGCCACCUCAUAUUCCACAACAAGUCUUGCCGUCUCUGUACAAGGCUGCAAAUGCAUUUGUGCUUCCGUCGCGUGGUGAGGGAUGGGGUCGACCUCAUGUCGAGGCCAUGGCGAUGGGGCUUCCUGUGAUUGCAACGUUUUGGAGUGGCACUACCGAAUACAUGACGCAGGCAAAUUCGUACCCACUGGAUAUUGACGGACUCGUCGAGAUCACGGAAGGCGCGUUCCGUGGACACAAGUGGGCCAACCCCUCUGUGAAGCAUCUACAGGAGCUUUUGCUUCGGAUCAAGGAACAUCCCGGAGAAGCAGUUGCGAAAGGCAAGAGAGCUCGACAAGACAUGGUGGGCAAGUACUCCCCGACGGUUGUUGGUGAGAUCGUCCUUAGACACAUAUCGCGCAUAUUGAAGCACGUAGCGGCACGGGGAGACGCUGCGAACGAUGCUGACACUCGUGAAGAGCUAUAG